GGGACGGUUCUUAGCGGCGCAACACGGUGGACUUUAACUGGUUAAAUGUUUUGAUAUAGCACACUAGCCUUCCUUGUAAAUACUUGCGGUUAAUCGGGGACUCGGCAGGGAUGUGGCUGCUUUAGAGCACUGGGACAUUGCGUCUGACGUAAACAGCGAGUUGUCGGUUGACGUUCGGCGCCGGCCUCGACAAAAGAUGCUUUACGCUGAGGAGGCUAACGCUAGCUAGCCGGGGCUAACGCCGCUUUGGGAACAAACAUGACGACGACGGUGACGCCAAGGAUGAUGAUGAUGAUGAGGAGCUGCGUGUAGGAAACACAUAGCAGACAUUGGAUCGCGCCGAUUUCCUGCUUGUCAAUCAUUGUUCUCCGGGGUUCUCCUGUCUUUGUGUCUGGCUAGCCACUGAACGGCACUCCGGUUAAAAACAAAUAAUUCAUCGGACUGCUUUCUCCCCCCUUAAACCUUCGGAGCGCGGCGCGGCGUAUCUCUCCGUCCCUCUCUUCCAAUGGGGGAGGAAAAGCCGGACACGCUGGACUUUGUGAAGGAUUUCCAGGAGUAUCUCAGCCAGCAGACUCAACAUGUCAACAUGAUAUCCGGCUCUGUGAGCGGCGUCAAGGAGGUGGACGAGCUGCCUGCAGAAUGCAGUCAGAAUGGGCUGGAACAUCCGUCGGUGGACAUGUCGCUGGAGGACAGCUCAGGGAUCCUGGUUGAUGGUUUCGAGAGGACCUACGACGGCAAACUCAAGUGCCGCUACUGCAACUACGCCACAAGAGGCACAGCCCGGCUCAUUGAACACAUCCGAAUUCACACAGGAGAGAAGCCCCACCGCUGCCACCUGUGCCCGUUCGCCUCGGCCUACGAGCGCCACCUGGAGGCUCACAUGCGCUCCCACACGGGCGAGAAGCCGUACAAAUGCGAGCUCUGCUCGUUCCGCUGCAGCGACCGCAGCAACCUGUCCCACCACCGGCGCCGGCGUCACAAACUCCUGCCGAUGAAAGGCGCCCGCUCCCUCUCCCACAAGAAGAUGCUAAGCGUCCUGCAGAAGAAGGCCAGCUCUCUGGGCUACGGCCGGCGGCUCCUCAUCAACUUCAGCCCGCCGUCCAUGGUGGUGCACAAGGCGGACGGCGUGAGCGACUUCUCCCACGAGCUGCCCCACCUGCGCCAGGAGACCUUCGACGGCCAGGGCCGGGCGGCUGAGGACGGGCUCUCCGCUAACCCGAGCCACAACCACCACGACAUGGUUAUGGAGAACCCUCUGAACCAGCUGUCCACCCUGGCGGGCCAGCUGGCCAGCCUUCCCUCAGAAUCCCAGGCCCAGACCCAGGCUCCCAUGUCUCCGGGGGCGGAGUCCGUAGUGGACGAGAAACCCUUCCUCAUCCAGCAGCCGCACCCGGCCACCGCUCCCGUCGCCGUGGCUGCCAGCAUGGCGCACGCCGCCGCGUCGUCCCCGAUCACCCCGGAGCCCCGGGCCCCCCCGCACAGCGGCUGCAGUCCCGCGGGCGGACCGUGCAGCGAGCACAGCGGGCGCACCAGCACCCCCAGCAUAUCCAACAGCCAGCCCAGCACGCCGGCGCCAGGCCCGCCCGCGCCCGCGCAGGACCCCCACGUGCUGCACCACUGCCACCACUGUGACAUCUACUUCCCGGACAACAUCCUGUACACCAUCCACAUGGGUUGCCACGGCUACGAGAACCCGUUCCAGUGCAACAUCUGCGGCCACAAGUGCAAGAGCAAGUACGACUUUGCCUGUCACUUCGCCCGCGGGCAGCACAAGUGAUCGCGGGGACCGGGGAGCAAACUGUUUUUAGCCCACGACUUGUUUUUACGUGAUAGGAAUCUUUAUUUAUUGGUCUUUCACUCGGCCUGUAUGUAGCACAGCCUUUAAAAGUUUUACUUGCACAGGGCCGCGUUGACCUUCGGAAGGAUGUUUGUUGCCGUUCUCGCGAAAAGGGGGCCCGCUCUGGUGUAUUACAAAGGAGAAAUCAGUGUUUCCUACGGCUCGAGAAAUGAUUGGCGGUGGUGGCAGACGUCACGUUUCUUCUAAAUUAACUUAUGUAGAAAUGCACUAAAUUUAGUUCAAAUGUACAUAUAUGGAUGAAUUUCAGCAUUUCCUAAACAUUCAAUCGGUUUUCCUAUGUUGGAUCUUAAGCAGUUCAGGUUUUAAUUCAGUUCAAUUGUUGAAUACGGAUAAGCACAUCAUGAUGGAUCGACGAGUCGGUCUGCUUAUAUUUUUAAAAUUGGUCACAACACCCUUUCCUUAUAGCGGCCAUCACAGGUUUACAUGCACUCAGCUUUGUUAGCGAUAUCUUUUGAUUUUGAGUGUUGGAACGAUGCAUUUGAACUCUUUUUGUUUUCUUCCAGGGUGAAAUUAUCAUAAAACACCACAAUAAUGCACCUGAAAAACAAGAAUAGGGAAACAAAAUUUGUAGACAUCAACAAACUUUAGAUCCAGUUCUGAUUGAGAAAAAAUGACCACUGUGCUAGAGUUAAUUGAAGUUGGUUGGUCUUCUGGCAUAAACGCUGCUUUUAAGCCAAGUCCACAAAUUGCCUGUAGGGUUUAGGUCUUUCUUGCUUUGGGACGGCAUUCCAGAAGAAACACGUUGGCCUGCUUUCUAGAGUCCAAAACUAGUUUUAAUGAAUGAAUUUGAGAUCGUAGUACAGCUGGAAAGCCCAGUUGUGUCAGAGUUUCGGCUGAGCCAAACCGUGUCCUCUAACGAACAUCGGUUCGGAUGAUCCUGAGCGGUUCAGGAGACACUAGGGCUCAAGCCUGCGGUGAAAUGGAAGUUGCGCUAACAUCGGUAUCGCUGCCAAAAAUGAAGCGAGUUUAACAUUGCCAUGCACCGAAAGAUGCUAAAAAAAACCAGUAAUUGUUUUCUAGCGUGACAAAAAUUCGAAAAACAUCACAUGGAAAAAGCCUAAAGCCUUCUGGAGGAAACGCAGCUCGCUGGCCACAGUGUUGAGAAGUGUGCAAGGUCGAGUCAACUUUAUUUGCACGUCACAUUUCAGCAGAUUAUUCAAAGUGCUUUAUAUCAUGAAGACAUAAAACCAUCGUAAACACAUCGAAACGGUCUGGUUGUGAGACCGGUAACAAACAUUAAACCGUAUCAGGUGAAAACAUCAGUUCUCAUCAGACGUUGGUCAACGUUCCUGUUAUUAUGGGCAGAAAGCAGCUCUAAACAGGCGGGUAGCAUCAUGGCUCUGUUUCACUGUCGCUGUGUGAGGAAGAAGGGAGAAUACCUUCAGGUAGUUGAACCUAGGGGUUAGAUUCUGGGUCUGAAUCCUACAGACUGCCACUCUGAGACUUUUGAGCAAUAUUCUUAUUCCCCGAAUGCCCCAGGCGCUACACAUAAGGCCGCCCACUGCUCCCUAAGGGAUGGGUUAAAUGAAUUUCAUCAGAAUGUGUGUUGCAUUGACAAUACAGACAAUUAUUUUUAUUAUUCACCGUAAAUGAGCAGCUAGAUAGUUGAACGUCUGGACAUUGAGCCCGUUUUAUUGACUGGAGAAAGCAGUUUCGUUUAAAGCUUCUGGGAUACCCCCUGCUUAACCCGGUUAAAAAGAUGCCUGGAGAUCAGCCAGCUUAAACAAACUAUUGCAAUUCUGCCAAGAAAAAUUGUCAGUUUCUUUAACCAGAACUGGGCCUAAAGCUUGGUCAUGAAUGCAAAUAGUAUGCAGUCAAAGUAUGACUGUAGUAUGUACGGUACGUCUAAUUUUGAUCAUGAGGAGAUUUGAGAAAAUCCUCCAUAAAAUGUCAUUUGUGCAUCAAAUUAUUUAUUUUUUAAACUCACUGAAGUUCAUAUAACCUGGGAAAAACCAUUCAAGUCAACCAUCAAGAGCCUAAAAACCUAUUUAUAGGUAGAUGGACUGAUGUCUGCGUUUAGUGUGCGGAAAAUUUCGGACUUGGCACUGAACAAAAUAGGUGAUCCCCUUGUUAUAUUCUUCCAUCUGUGACGGCGCCAGGAAACUAAAUCCUCAACACACCCAAAGCUACUCUUCUUAUUUCUCAGAUCUUUACAGUUGGCCUUAUCGACGCCUUGUUGAAAUUAUGUCUGUGCUUGGUGCAGUUCUUACCAUUUCUUUGCAGUGCCUGACAUUAUCGCCUUUCUUUGUGUCCAAGUUUGAGACGACUGUUAUUUUAAAACACCAUUUGCUCUUCUUAUUUCAGCAGCUAGACCAAGAACCUUAUUUGGGUGGAGGGGGUGGGUGAUUGUGGUUGCCGUGAUUGUAUUUUUAACUUUUUACUGGCCAAAUUUCUGCUCCAUGAAUGCUGCUAAUUAACUUCAGAGUCCAUGUCGGCUGUUCUGUAAAAGAAAACGAGCCGGCAUCAGAAGUGAAACCUGGCCAAAGCAGGUAUGCGAUGGGUUCCUCGCCUGCUGUAUAGUGUUCCUCCAUCAUGAAAGGUUGACUUGUUUCUUUUAAAUCUUUUUUUUUUUUUUUAUUACCUGCAUCAUGUCAUUGUCUGACUUUCUGACGUUGUGUGAAAUCGGUGUGUAACCAGCGUCUCUGUGUUUUAAUACUAAAUCAAUCUUGUCUCAUGUGAACACAGUUCCAGGAUUGCCAAGUAGCACCACAGGUACCAUGUUCUAGCCUUUUAGUAGUUCUCAAUGAGAUUUUCCAUUAAAUAUAAGGAUCCCAGUGCUUUUAUUUUGAGCAUUUAUUGAAUAUUGUAUCCUGAGUGGUUGGAUAGAUGUUUUUGUGUCCCCAAAAAAAAAAAAAAAAAAAAAAAGAAAAGCUAAACUGUGUUGCUGUAAGACUGCUACUUCAGCAAGGUUGUCCUUUGUCUUGGGAGCUGUUGUCUGUUGCUUACCAGCACAUGUAGAGAGGGUGUUGUUGUUGUUUUUUAGAAGCCCCUCCUUGGUAUUGUUCCCUACAUUUAAUGGAGACAUUCGGUAAAAGGCUGCCUUAUAUUCCCCGUGUGUCGUAGAAAAAUGAAUGUUAAAACUUCUGGCCGGAGCCGAGAUGGCAGAAGACUUUAUUGUGACAUGGAUUACUAAUUUAUAAGUAAAGUGUUUUCUAACUGACUUUAA